AUGACGUUCCUCCGACUCAUCCUUGUGAGGAUAGGUCAUCUCUUCAAAUCCAUAGCAGCUUUAUGCUCCAGAAUUCUUUGUUUUUUCAGUAGACGACGGGAUCAUAUUGGGGAAUUGCCAUAUACAGUAGUUGUUGCCAAGAAUAAUCCUAGUGACAUUUCGAUUCCGGAACGAGUUUCGACUGAUUCAGUUGGUGGUUGGGAUAAUCAAUGGGAUACCAAGCAAAACGUAGAAAAUAAAAUUGAACAAUGGAGAAGUACAAAGAUAGCACCUCCACAAGUUCAAGAAACUCAGGAACCCGAUUUCUUCAAUGACAUGCAGCCCGAUUUCAAAAAGGCCAAAAAAGUCAUCUUAAGACCAAAAAUGUCUUCUCAAGACUCAGUUGAGAAAAAGAACUUAUUCAACUAUACUGAUGAUGUAGCUGUACCACCGGAAUUAGAAUUAAUAAUAUUAUAA